GUGUGAAAGCUUUCAGUUGGUGUCUCUCUCAAACCUGUCAAGAUGCCAGUUGAGAAUGAGCACAGUGAGCGGAUGAAGAAGUUCAAGAACAAGGGCAAGGAUGCAGCUGCCCUGCGCAGGCAGAGAGUGGAGGUGAGCGUUGAGCUGCGGAAGGCCAAGAAGGAUGAACAGCUCCAGAAGCGCAGGAACAUUUCAGUCACCUCAAUAGACAAGAGCCUGUCUGCAGGUGAAGAUGAAACCAGUGAGGUUCGGCUGUCCUUGGAGAAAAUCGUUCAGUGUGUGAAUGGGAGUGACCCUGAGCUGCAGCUGCUGGCUACACAGGCCACCAGGAGACUGCUGUCCAGGCAGAAGGACCCCCCUGUCAAUGAGAUCAUCGGGCUGGGGAUCAUCCCCAGGCUGGUUGAAUUCCUGACCUAUGCUGACAACGCUCCUCUGCAGUUUGAAGCAGCCUGGGCACUGACGAACAUCGCCUCUGGCACCUCGGAGCACACCAGGGCAGUGGUGGAGGGCGGUGCUGUCCCACACUUCAUCUCCCUCCUGUCCUCCCCACACAUGCACAUUAGUGAGCAGUCCGUGUGGGCACUGGGCAACAUUGCAGGUGAUGGUCCUCUAUACAGAGAUGUUCUUAUCAAUUGCAAGGUCCUUCCUCCCUUGCUGGCUCUGGUUUCACCUGUAACUCCAGUUGGGUUCCUGAGGAACAUCACAUGGAUGAUCUCAAACCUCUGCAGGAACAAGAACCCCUAUCCUCCCUUGGAUGCCAUGAAAACAAUACUGCCAGUCCUCACCUGCCUCAUAGUGCAUGAGGACAAGGAAGUAGUUUCUGAUUCCUGCUGGGCCAUUUCCUACCUGACUGACAGCUGCAACGAUCGCAUCCAAAUCGUGGUGGACACAGGGAUUCUCCCAAGGCUGGUGGAACUGAUGGACAGCCCAGAGUUGAUGGUUAUGACUCCAGCUCUCCGUGCUGUUGGGAACAUAGUCACUGGGACUGAUGAGCAGACCCAGGCAGCCAUUGAUGCUGGCCUCUUGGGUGUCCUGCCCCGUCUCCUGCAACAUGCAAAGCCAACUAUCCAGAAGGAAGCUGCAUGGGCACUCAGUAAUGUUGCAGCAGGACCUUGUCAUCAGAUCCAGCAACUCAUCGACUUUGGGUUAUUGCCAUCUCUUGUGGAGGUGCUUGAGAAGGGGGACUUCAAAGCUCAGAGGGAAGGUGUGUGGGCAGUGUCCAACUUCACAACAGGAGGCACUGUGGAGCAGGUGGUGAAACUUGUCCAGUCUGGGGUCCUCAAACCUUUGUUCAACCUACUCUUGGCCAAAGACAGCAAAACUGUUUUGAUCAUCCUGGAUACCCUCUCCAACUUCUUCCUGGCAGCUGAGAAGCUGGGAGAGAUAGACAGGUUUUGUCUGAUGGUGGAAGAAUUGGAUGGCCUGGAGAAAAUCGAGGCCCUGCAAACCCAUGACAACAACAUGGUCUACCGAUCCGCACUGAACAUCCUGGAGAAAUACUUUUCUGGGGAGGAAAGUGCAGAGCUGCAGCCUGGGACUACUGAAGAUGGACUAUAUGAUUUCUCUGUGGACAAGGAAGACUAUAACUUCUGAAGGGGAAGCACAACACAGCUCUGAGCUGGUGGGUGGAGGUAUCUUUGUAAAGUUCAGACAUCCAAACCAAGAGGAGCAAAGACUGUCUUGGAGCUUGUCAAUAAAUUGCACUUCUGGCUUUGUA